AUGUUCACCGGGGGAAUGCGGGAAGCAGGCCAGGAUAUCAUUGAGUUGAAGGGUGUGUCUGCCAGGGGCCUGAAACACAUCAUUGAUUUUGCAUAUAGUGCUGAGGUAACCUUGGACCUUGACUGUAUUCAGGAUGUGCUGGGAGCUGCAGUCUUCCUGCAGAUUGUGCCUGUGGUGGAAUUGUGUGAGCAGUUCUUGAAGUCAGCUAUAAGUGUGGAGACUUGCCUUAACAUUGGGCAGAUGGCCACCACUUUCAGCCUGUCCUCUCUGAAAGAAUCAGUGGACGUUUUCACUUUUGCUCACUUCCUGCAAAUUGCUCAGGAGGAGGAUUUCCUACAGCUGCCCCUUGAAAGACUCAUCUUCUUUCUGAAAAGCAACAAACUGAAAAAUUGCAGUGAAGUUGACCUGUUCCAUGCUGCCAUCAGAUGGUUGCAGUAUGAUGAGUCUCGACGAGCCAAUGCCCACCUGGUUCUGUGUCAUAUCCGCUUUCCCCUGAUGAAGUCCUCUGAACUAGUGGACAAUGUCCAGAUGCAGGCUGUAAUGGUGGAAGAUCCUUUGUGUCGUCGCUACCUGUUAGAAGCCUUCAACUACCAGGUCCUGCCAUUCCGCCAACAUGAGAUGCAGUCAGCUCGGACCAGAAUCCGCUCAGACACUGUCUCCCUUGUUGCCUUUGGUGGCACUCCAUACACUGACAAUGAUCGGACAGUGAGCCACAAAGUCUUUGCUCUUGCUGAUGGGAAUGCACGUCAGUUCAUAGAGAGACCAGAGAUGGAGAUAGGCUGUAGUCAUGCCUGCAUUGCUGUCUUGGAUAACUUUGUAUAUGUGGUGGGAGGUCAGCAUCUGCAGUACAGGAGUGGGGAAGGAGCAGUCAGCUGGUGUUUCCGUUACGAUCCCCAUCUCAAUCACUGGCUACGGAUUCGGUCUAUGCAGGAAGGUCGCAUUCAGUUCCAACUGGAUGUGCUGCAGGGAAUGUUAUUUGCCACUGGAGGCCGUAAUCGAUCCGGGAGCCUGUCCACAGUCGAGCGUUAUUCCCCACGACGGAAUGAAUGGACAAAUGUGUGUUGCUUGAAACGGCGGACUUGGGGACAUGCGGGAACAUCCAGUGGAGGCAAACUCUAUAUCUCUGGAGGCUAUGGUAUCACCAUUGAGGAUAAGAAAUCUCUUCUCUGCUACACUCCUGAAACUGACCUCUGGGAAUUCAAAACCCCAAUGAAUGAGCCACGGGUCCUUCAUUCAAUGGUUGGAGCGAAUGGACGGAUUUACGCAAUCGGUGGCCGUAUGGACCAUGUUGACCACUGUUUUGAUGUCCUAGCAGUUGAAUAUUACAUUCCUGAAACUGAUCAGUGGACAAGUGUCAGUCCAAUGAGGACUGGCCAGUCUGAAGCUGGUUGCUGUGUGUUGCAAAGAAAGAUUUAUGUGGUGGGAGGAUAUAACUGGCACUUGAACAAUGUGACCAGUAUUGUGCAAGUUUAUAAUAUUGGCACAGAUGAGUGGGAGAGGGACCUGCAUUUCCCUGAAUCAUUGGCUGGUGUUGCCUGUGCCCCCCUUGUCCUCCCAUAGCUCAUAGGGCAAUGAUAGCAGAGACACUGCUGCAGGACAGAAUGGAGGUGCCAGGGACCUUCAGUGAUGGCUAUUCAAGUGACCUGUUUGAUUUGAAAUAUAUUUAAACUCAUCCAUUCAAACGUGUUCCAUACAGCUGUACUAAAAACCUAUGUUGAUGCUUAAAUAUUUGAAUCCUCUCCACAUGCUUCAAAUAGUGAAAGCAAAAUGAAGCAUAUCAGAAUUGCAGAUAAAAGACUCCAGCCAGCUAUCAUUCUGCAUGCAGUAUGGCCCCACCCAUCCCAAACCAUUGGUCCCAUAUGUGUAAAGUAUUCCAGUACCCCUGUUGUCAUGCAUGGAUCUAAUAAUCAAGCUUUGAUAUGAGUUUCUUGCCUUCACUGCUAAAACUGGCAACAGUAGUGCACUGAAUUGCUGAGCAUUGGAAUCUUUUGUAAAGGCAAACUCUCCCAAGAUCCAUGAGACAUUCAGGUCCAACAAUGAUUCUGUUGAAUGUGGAUUAAAAACAAAGCUGACUUUUCAUGCUCAGCAUAUGAUGAACUCUUCAAGUCAGGACAGGAGCAAAAUGCAGAUGCUGGAAAUCCUGAAUUUAAAGCAAAAUUGCUAGGAAACCAACAAGGCCAGACAGCAUCAAUGGAGGGAAACAGUUAAGGUUUCAGGUCAAAGACCUUUCAUCAGACAUGCACCGCCUUUCAAUCUUUCUUUCUGCAAUUAAGUUUAAAGUGAUUGAAUGUGAAACAUCACUGUAUUCCUAAAUGUUAUUUCUGCAUGAAGCCUCUGUGAUGAACAUCGCCUAAAGCCCCACCAUUGGUUACAGCCAUCCUCAAGAAAACAUGCUUGGACCCCAACUAUUCACAAUAUACAUGAUUUAGAUAAGGCAACUAAAUUUUGUUUCCACAUUUGCAGACAGUACAAAGCUGGGUGGGUGAACAAUGAGGAAUUUGCUUCAGUGUGAUUUGGACAAGUUGAGUGGGUAGACAGACGCAUGGUAGAUGGGUAUAAUGUGGAUAAAAUUGAACUUAUUCACUUUGGUAGCAAAAACAGGAAAGCAGAUUAUCGGAUUGUAAUAGAUUGGGAAAGGGGGAGAUGCAAUGAGACCUGGGUGUCCUUGUACAUCAGUGGCAUGCAGGAGAGUGCAGAUGCAAGUGGUACAUUGGUCUACAUAGGGAGAGAAAUUGAGUACAGGAGCAAUUGUACAUGGCCUGAGUGAGACCACACCUGGAGAAUUCUUGUACAGUUUUGGUUGCCUUAUUUUACCAACCAAUGAAUUACCGAUUUUCCUGUGACGUCACAAUUUUGUGCUAGGCCCUUGUACCUGGCCUUCAAUUUAUCCUGUUAAAAAGACAACCAAAAAUGA